ACAACUUCGACGUCAACGCCAACGUCAGCGGCGACAGCAUAGCAAGCAGUUAAGAGCCGCAAACAGACUCGGUUUUAGCCAACGCCAAUCAGUCUGUGUGAUCGCUUCGAGCACUUAACACUUGCGCAGCGGCAAAACAAGAAAAAUCAUAGUCAAAAUCAAAUUCAACAAGAAAAUAACCAUUUGCCGAAUCCCGUUUUAUUUGUGGGUUUGGUUCAAGAAAACCUUCUGAAGAAGAAAACUGUAACUGAAACGUGCGGAUCGGAUGAAAAGUGUAAAGCCUGCAUCCGAAAUUAUUUUUGACAUUCAAGGCAUACAACUGAAAUCCCAAAUGCAGCUGCUGUCGAUUCAAUAACAAUAACAUUUUGGCGAUUAUAGGCCAAAAAAACAAAGCGAGAGAGAGGGAGACAAGGAAUAAGCGUUAACUGAUCUGUUGAUCUUUUGAUCUGUUUGAUCUGACGAGACAAACGAAAAUAAAUUCAACAUAACAAUGAAUCAAACACAAGUGAAUAAUUUCUUAAAAUGCUUCCUGCAAAUUGAUGAGCCCGUUAGCCACUUGGCGGCACGUCACGAUGAGCACGAUCAUGAUCACGAUCACGAGCAUGAUCACGAUCACGAUCACGAUCACAAUGAUGACUCCGGCUCUCUGCUGACGGCAAAGGUAACCGCCAUGGUGGUUCUCUGCUGUGCCAGCGCUCUCUGUGGCUCCAUUCCGUUCCUGCUGAACCGCUUCUAUCACUGGACUGAGAAUCAGACCAACGCCCGAUCAGCCACAGUGGUCAAGUGCCUCUUGUACUUUGGUGGCGGUGUCCUGCUGGCCACCACAUUUCUCCAUCUGCUGCCCGAGGUGCAGGAGGUGGUGAAGCAGCUGCAGCAAUGCAAGAUCAUUGGCCAACUGUCUUUUCCACUUGCCGAGCUCUUAAUGUGCUGUGGCUUCUUUCUCAUGUACUUCAUCGAGGAGGCCAUGCACGCCUAUAUGCACCGGUUUUAUCAGGACGAUGCCAGCGCUGCCUUCGAGCGUGGACACAGCAUACGCCAUAGUCAUCUGAUGAAGUCAGCGACAGCUCCAGCUGCCAAUUCAGCUGAGCUGACAACUCCGCCGCUUACUUCUCCGCCAAAUGGCUCACUGUCUGUGCAGGAUCUGAUGCAAAACGAUCUGGAGCAGCAAAAGUAUGGUGCAGUGCAUCAUCAAAAGCACAGUCACAGUCACAGUCAUAAUCAUGGUCAUGGUCAUGGUCACAGUCACAUGGCCAUGACGGACGGUUCAGGUGAUGUGCUCACCUCAUCGCUGCGAGGACUCUUUAUCGUUUUGGCCCUGUCACUGCACGAGCUCUUUGAGGGCAUGGCCAUUGGCCUGGAGGGAUCGGCCAGCUCGGUGUGGUUCAUGUUUGGCGCCGUCUCUGCCCACAAGCUGGUGCUCGCCUUCUGUGUUGGCGUUGAGCUGAUUGUGGCCCGUACUCGGCUCAGUCUCUCCGUUCUAUACGUGCUGACAUUUGCCGUGGUCAGUCCCCUGGGCAUUGGACUGGGCAUACUGAUAAGCCAUGGCCAUAGUGGAGGCGGGCCCAGUCUGAUAUCAGCCAUACUACAAGGUUUCGCAUGCGGCACGCUCAUUUAUGUCGUUUUCUUCGAGAUACUAUCAAAGAAUCGUUCCGGCCUACUGGCUUAUCUUGCCCUCCUUGUCGGUUUUCUGGUUAUGUUCGGAUUGCAACAGCUUGGCGAUGGUCAUGGACACAGUCACGGCAGCUGCUCCUCUGCAGAUGAUCACGAUCACGAUCACGACCAUCACGAUCAUCAUCAUUCGGAGAUUGAAACUAGUUCAGAUCAUCAUUCACAUCACAGCGAAGCCGAGGAACUGGUGGCAUCCCAAAAGGAUCAGGAGAAACUACAGGUCUUACGUCAAGUAAUCCAAUAUAUUCUAGAGGCCCAUCCAAAGCAUAAAUAAUUGCAUUUUUCAUAUACUAUAAAUACUAUACUAUUAAUAUUACUAACUGCUAAGCAGAGAUUACAUACAUAAAACUAUUUAUCUAGGUAGCAAUAAAGUUAAAUUUCAAAGAAAGAAAUAACAU